AUAAGGCACAUAUAUGAGCAGCAACAAAGAAAUAAUAAUAACUUCUCACAACUCGAGAUCCGAAUAAAAGGAUAUAAACAUAACACGAUAGGAGAACAUAUACAAAGCCAAGCCAAGAACAAUAGGUUGAUGAACAAGUCUUCGUGUCUGGGACGUCGCCCCAAGAUGUAAUAGAACUGUACAGAGAAAGGCGACUGUCCUUCGGUCCGACGUGUGGCCGACUCCUCGACAGCUUCCAUCGUCCUCGCUCGCCCCGAACAAAUGCUCACGGAUCAAAGUACCGGAGUGCUUGCGAUUGAGUGACGACGGCGCGGAGUGAAUAAGCCCAUUGCAGCAGGGUGUUCCAUGUCGGCAGUGCCCGGAGCGAUUUCGCAUGCCCAAAAACGAACUGGCCAUAGCGGCAGCGGGUGGUAGCCACAUUUAGGCGUCGGUAGUCGUUGAUGAAGGUGGCCUUAUGCGAAACGUACUGUUCCGCGAUCUCAUACUCGUCCUUCUGGUCGUCCGUCAUAUUGGGGAUCGCUUCCGGAUGCUCAAUAUAACUUUCAAUAA